AUGGGCUACGACGAGAUGGACAGCACAAGCGGCACAGCACCGUCGGCGCCCCCGCUUUACCCAGCCAUGACCACCCCACCUCCACCCAUGCACGCCCCCCGCCGCAACCCACAGCCUCCUCGGGACCGUUGUGACGCGAUGGAAGAGGAGGCCUCAGAAGAAGAAGAAGAAGUGGAGGACAUCCUCAAGUCGGGCGCCCAGCCGCAGUGGCACGAACGCCAACGCGUGUGGCAGGCCCUGGGCCUCUUCGUCGGCUCGGCCGGCGGUCUCGCCGCCCUCACCGGCGCCCAGCCGCUGCUCGUGGGACUCUUCAACUCGGCCCUCUCCUCCUCCUCCACCAUCGUCGCCCUGGCCGCCGUCAACCCCGUGGCCGCGUUGGGCUGGACCGUGGGCGGCGCCGCCGCCAUCGCGCUGGGCGCCAAGAUGUGGCACCGUCGGUGCUACAACGACCCCGAAGCAGUGCGGGUCUACUACGCUGACUUCUGCCGGGCGGGCUUCCUGGCCGCCGUGGCCCGGCACGACUUUGACAACCUGCUGCGCAUCGCCACGCGCGAGGGCAUGACCACCAAGCUGCUCGAGGAGAUGGCCGCCGCGCCCUACGCCGGGUUCGAUGCCGUGUGGCACGCCUACGGCGCCGCGCACCUGACCCAGAUGGUGGACAAGCGGGUGCUCACGCGGGACUACCUGCGGGCCAAGCUCGCGCGCGACUUUGACCCGGAGCUGGCGCACACGAUGCCCGAUGACGGGGUGCUGGUGGUGGUGGACCUGAUGCGCGGGAUGAAGACGUACGGCCGGUGGGUGGUGGAGUGGCUCGAGGUCUCGCCGGCCUGGAUCCGCCACCGGUUCGCGCACGACGCGCGCGUGUGCGGCCUCUCCUUCUCGCAGUUCGUGAAGGAGGGCGGGAUGGCGCUGCACCCGACCGCCGGGGCCACUCGGCUCAUCAGCCGGGUCCAGCUGCGCGACAUGUUCUUCCGCGAGCUCGGCCACAAAGAGUGGACGUUCAAGGUGGCCCUUUACUUCACCCACAACUCGACUCGACUCGCUGGCUGGCCGAUUGCUAAUCAACUGUUCAUGAAUAACAUCAAGGAGCUCUGCGCGCCGUGGCUGUUCGCUGCAGACCGUGCCGAUCAGGAAUGGACGGAAGAUCAGGAGGACGAAGCGAACAUGUACCCGGCUCGCAGCUUGGUGAAGCCUGAAGAGCUGGCGGAGCUGUUCCACGACGAGAUAGCUCGCCUCGAGCUCUGUGACCUCCUCGAUCUUUACUGGGACUGGCCACUGUCUCGGUUUGUGAAGAGGCUGGUGCCCGAUGCUGAACUGGUCAGCAAGCUGCGCCUCUUCCAAGCUCGCUACGAGUCCACCACCAAGGCUGACGCCGAGGAGCGCCGUAAGCUGCGGGAACACUUCAACAAGGAGAAGUCGGUGGCCGAGCGCAUCUACGACACCAAGAUCAGAGCCGCGCAGCGGGACUACCGCGAGGUUGAGGCCAAGUAUGCGGCAAAGCUGAAGCCCGCGAAAGAGGCGAAGAAGGACGGGCCGACUAUGAUGGAGAUAGACGGUGAUAAGCCUACCACCACUACUACUACCACCAGCAGCAGCAUGAAGGAAGAAGAAGAGAAGAAGCUGUCGCCCGAGGAGGUGGCCGAGAGAAAGAAGGCCAAGCGAAAGAUGGAGAGAGCGCAGAUGCGCAAGACCAGCGCCGUGGAGGCGGCCACGCUGGAGCGUGGCAUGCUGGUGGCCAUGCUCGAACGCGAUCGGGACGACCGGCUGCGAGCGGUCGCCGAUCGGUUGCGCGAGGAGAAGGCCCGCCUCAACCGCGAAUGGCAGGAGCAACGCGAGCGUCACCUCCACCAGGCCUCCCACCCCACUCUCCAUUUUCCCGUCUUCCCACCCGUGCAUGUCACCCCUAUCGCCGUCCCCGUCAUGGCUGUGCCUCCGAGUGCGCCGCCGCUCGAAGAGGAGCAGACCUACUUCUACUAG